AUGCUCGCCUUUCUGUCGCCCCUGCGCCGCGGGGCCUUGUCCGCACACGCCACGCCGCUGGCGGUGUCGGUGUGGCCUUCGCGCUGGACGGCGCGGAAUUUGCAGACUGCGUCCACUGCGGCCCGCGGCACCUUUGCCUCCCUCAGGGACGAGGACCUUCAAAAGCUCCGGCAGAUCCUGGGUGCGAAGAAUGUGCUGACCCCCCAGGAAGUGGAGACCGAGGAGCUGGCCAGAUACAACCGCGACUGGAUGGGCAAGUGGGAAGGGCGCAGCGCGGCCAUUUUGAAGCCGGCUUCCACCGAAGAGGUCUCUUUAGUGCUGAAGUAUGCCAAUGACCACAAUCUCGCAGUGGUGCCCCAAGGUGGGAACACAGGCCUGGUCGGGGGCUCCGUGCCCGUCCACGACGAGCUGGUGCUGUCACUGCUGCGAAUGAACGCGGUGGAGGAUUUGGACCAGCGGUCGGGUAUUGUCACAGUGCAGGCGGGGUGCGUCCUGGAGAACUUGGACCAGUACCUGGCGCAGCACGACUUUAUGGUACCGUUGGACCUGGGAGCAAAGGGGACCUGUACCAUUGGCGGCAACGCGGCCACCAACGCAGGGGGCUUGCGGUAUCUUCGCUACGGGUCCCUACGGGGGAACGUCCUGGGGGUGGAGGCGGUCCUAGCGGAUGGACAGGUGGUGAACAGCCUCUCCGCGCUGCGAAAGGACAAUACCGGCUAUGGCUUGCCUCAGCUAUUCAUCGGUUCUGAAGGCACCUUAGGUGUCAUCACGAAGCUCACGAUUCUGUGCCCGCCACGGCCCAAAGCCGUGAACAUCGCCUUCUUCGCCUGCGCUGACUUCGACAGAGUGCAGCGCACCUUCGCCCUGGCGCGCCAGAAGCUCGGUGAGGUGCUCUCCGCUGUGGAGUUCUGCGACCGGAGUGCCAUCGACUUUGUGCUGAAGCGAGAAGCUGGCACUGGUGUCCGCGACCCACUGGAGGAGAAGCAUCCCUUCUAUGUCUUGAUUGAGACUUCUGGCUCGGACGGGGACCACGAUGAGCAGAAGCUGCACAACUUCUUAGAGGCUGCCAUGGGCGAAGAGUCGACAGUCCUGGACGGAGUGGUGGCGGCUGACGAGACCCAGGCCCGGGCCAUUUGGCGCCUCCGUGAGGGCGUGAGCGAUGCCAUGACCACUGCGGGCUAUGUCUACAAGUACGACGUGUCGCUGCCGCUGCCGCGGAUGUACGAGCUGGUGGAAGAGACCCGUGCUCGACUCAAAGAGGCCGGAGUGGAGGACACCGCCAAAGCUGCUGGCUACGGGCAUCUAGGUGAUGCCAACCUCCAUUUGAACGUGACCUCUUUGAGUGGCCGCGACGACAAGGUUCACGGGCUUUUGGAGCCCUGGGUCUUUGAGUGGGUGUCCCAGGCGCACGGCAGUAUCAGUGCGGAGCAUGGCAUUGGCCAGUGCAAACCGAACUUUCUGCACCUCAGCAAGGCGGACAGCGCCAUCCAACUCAUGAGGACUCUGAAGUCGGCCCUGGACCCCAAGGGCAUUCUGAACCCCUACAAGGUCCUCGCGUGA